GGGCUCUUGCGCGGAUGCAUGGACCGUGCUUCAUGGAGGUGUACACACUGCUGGUGCUUCUACUGGUACAAGCACAUGCGGCUGGCUUCGACAACUUGCGCGGUGAGAGACGGCUGCAGGACACAAUGGACAAUGCGUCCAUGCAGCCGGUUUGCACGCCGAAGCCAGCGGUGAGCUUUGUGGAUCAGAAGCCAAUGUGCCAGCCAUGCGCAAGUAUCACCAUUAAUGAUCAAGUGAAAAGGUGCAUGUUCAAUACGUCCCUAUGCGAUGCAGUGGGGCCUGGAGAGACCUGCAUGAUUGACUGUGCAGCACCCUUUGUACGCGUGGGCAACUGGACCACUGGGCAAUGCCCCAAAGGCAACAGCAUUCCGGACAGAAUGGUGAUGUGGAGUGAGCCAACUUGCAUUUGUCCAGAGCCGGAUGCACAGCAGGGCUAUGCUCAGGACAGCAGCGGCCGGUGGCAUUGCACUCAGGGCUUUGCUGGAGUACCUGAAGUUGUUUGCGAACCCCUGCCAGGCUGUGCCGGGGUGCAGACCUUCUUGAGAGGCUGCGACAAAUUGGUCCCGUGUGCGAUGCCUUCUGUGGACAACUGCAGGUUUGACGUGUCGCGUUGCACGCAAGUCCCGCCUGGGGGAUCAUGUGAGAUCCAUUGCCAAACGCCUUUGACGGGGAAUCACACCGUGGCGGUUUGCAAGGAUCUCAACACCGAUCCACUGCAGGAGCUGGACUACUUUCCUUUGACUUGUUUACUGGAGAGCUGCCCAGAUCCUUCACCUUGGCCGAUUGGCUACAACAAGACCGCCGAUGGGAAAUGGGUCUGUGCCACUGGUUACAAUGGCACGGCACGGAAUAGAUGCGAGCUGGGGGACACCUGGACGUCAGAUUGCUCUGCUGCUGCAGCACUGACAGGCUGUUUGCAGGUGGUCCCAUGCUUGGCGCCCACAUUGACUGGUUUGGACGGAUGCACGUAUGAUGUCUCGGCCUGCACGUCGGUGAAUCCUGGCGAACAGUGCGAGGUUCAUUGCAAGAGUCCAUUCACUGGCGCCAAGACGGAGGCUUAUUGCCCAGAUGGCAACACAGAUCCGAACGGAUUGGUUUGGACUCGUCCACCAUGCGGUUUAGACUCUUGCGAUGAGCCCGGCCAAGUGCCUGCGGGCUACCAACGUUUUGGGACAACAGGCUGGGAAUGUGCACAGAGCUAUACCGGCUUUGCUGAAAAGGUCUGUGAAACCACUGAGAGCUGCGAGAUACGAGCGGUGCUCCAGGGCUGUUUGCAGUUGGUGCCUUGCGAGGCACAAGACACCGACUGUCGUUACGAUUUCAGUGAUUGCAUGAGCGUGCAGCCCAACAGUCAGUGCACAGUGACUUGCAAGGCGCAGAACGGCUUUGCAGGGAGUUCAACUACUGGCACCUGUCUUCAAGGCAACACAGACGUGAAUGGCUUGGUCUACACCAACCCAGUUUGCGUGAUAAACAGCUGCUCAGAUCCAGCAAACGGCAAUGGCUAUGUCAAAGUGGAAGACCAUUGGGAGUGCGCAGACGGAUACUCCGGCAGAGUCAACAAAACAUGCAUGUGGAUGGAGGACGAAUGUGUAGCUGAGCCCUUGCUUUCUGGUUGUGUCAUGGAACAGCCUUGCCGGCUUCCAGAUCUUGGACCUGUCCCAUGCAUGUACGACGUCUCCGAUUGCACUGCAGUGCCACCUGGCCAAGUUUGCAGCGUUCGCUGCCAGUCUCCCUACCUGGGACCAACAAGCGACUUCGCUUGCCCCGUAGCCAACACGGACCCGAACCGGACUUUGCUGGGUGUCCUGCCGGUCUGCGGUUGUGGCGAGCCGACUCCGCUACCUCCUGGUUACAACUUGACACAGGAUCCCUUUGACGACAACAAGAUCACAUACUCCUGCGCAGAGGGCUAUGGAGGCUUUGCACGGAAGCUCUGCCAACCUGGUCCAGACUGCACAGUCGACCCUUUGAUGACAGGUUGUGCAAUCCCUUUGUCCUGCGAGGCAAUCUUCGUUGAUGACAGCUCUGGGAACGGCCUAGCUCGUGGAGCAAUUCACUUGGGCCCAGCACUAGUAGGGGCUUCUGUGAAUGAGUCGGAUGUGCUCUACUACGAAGUCUUCUGGGCAGACAGUUGCGAGGAUAGGAUGGGGUCUACGGCCCUGGGUCAAGCACAAGCUGGUAUGGGAGAUGCUUGUUGUAGGAGCGACGUGUACUCCGUGCCCAUCGACAGCAGACCGCCAGAAGGUGCCACUGGCUGGGUAGUCUACUCAGCAUUGCGUGGUGGAAGAGCACCUGUGGGUGUCUUCGUGCCCUUGAAUCAGACAAUGCUGAAUGCCAUCGUCAUUGGUAACAAUGCUCAUUUUUCACAGACAGUUUGGAUCGUGUUUUGGCUGGCAGUUGCAAUCAUCGGCUUCUGACUCCGAUGCACGCCUCCUGCAGCAAUUGCGAUUUGCUGCAGCAAAUUGACGGACUAUCCUGAAGGGAUUGGUUCACCAGGACAGAAGUGUGAAGAUAGGAAGGACCUUCCGACUCUGUCCUGAAGAGAUCGACUUUGUAGCAGCCUCUGCGAUCCAUGAACUCAG